ACUGUUUCCGGUCGGUGUGUUUAAAGCGGAAGUGAGUGUCGGACACUGAGUGAGAGCUGCCGCUGGUUCCUAAAGAUGAAGUUUCUUCCCAAACUGCUGCUGCUCGCGCUGUUAGCCUUCCCGGCUGCGCUGCUCACCAGAGGGCCGGUGGCGAGCGCUCAGGAUCUGACUGAAGAUGAGGAGGCCGAGGCCGUGGAGGAAGAUGUGGUGGACGAUGUGACGGCUGAGGAUGAGGACGAUGAGGCGGAGGUGGAAGAUGAUGAGAACGUCGAGCUGACGGAAGAGAAGGAAGAGGAAGAGGAGGAAGCGCUGGCUGGAGAGGUGAAGGCUUCCCCCCACGCUGACACCACCAUCCUCUUCGUCAAAGGAGAUGACUUCCCAGCCAACGACAUCGUGAAGUUCCUGCUCGGCUUCAGCAACAAGGGAGCCGAGGAGUUCGUGGUGGAGUCGCUGGACGCUUCCUUCCGUUACCCACAGGAUUACCAGUUCUACAUCCAGAACUUCACGGCUCUGCAGCUGGGCACCGUGGUGCCGGCCAGCAAGCAGGCCACGUUCGAGUACUCCUUCAUCCCGGCUGAGCCAAUGGGGGGGCGGCCCUUCGGACUCGUCAUCAACCUCAACUACAAGGACGCCAGCGGAAACAUCUUCCAGGACGCAGUGUUCAACCAGACGGUGACGAUCACUGAGCGAGAGGACGGGCUGGACGGAGAGACGAUCUUCAUGUACGUCUUCCUGUCGGGCCUCGGGCUGCUGGUCAUCGUCGGCCUUCACCAGCUGAUGGAGUCUCGAAAGAGGAGGCGUCCAGCUGCCAAGGUGGAGAUGGGAACCUCGAGCCACAGCGACGUGGAUCUGAGCUGGAUCCCUCAGGAAACCCUCAACCAGAUCAACAAAGCGUCUCCGAGACGAUCUCCUCGCAAAAGGAACCAGAAACGCUCGGCCGGCUCGGACGAGUGACGGGCGCCCGUCACCACGGCGACAACACUCCACCCGCCCCUCUGAGGGAGGGGGGGGGGGGGGGGCUGCGAGCGCCACAUCAAGCGCACUCUGUCGCUCCACUGAGAAACUUUGACCAGGGCCGAGCUCAGCGCUGGCUCUACGUUCAGCCUGAGAACUGCUGAGCACACACACACACACACACACACACACACACUGCACUGCCCUGUUUGUUUAAGUUGUGUUGCUGAAGCCGUCACACAACGGUUUGUUGUGUUUCUGAGACACGACAACGUUUCUCUCUGACGGGUCAAUAACUGCUGAUGUCAUCAUUGUUCUUUCUGUUUGUUUUUUUUAACUGUUCGGUUUGGUUCAUUGGGCUGAAAAGAAUCAAAGGAUCAAAGGAUCCAAACGAAACGAAUCUGUUUAAUCUACGUCCGUUUUCUAGAAGAAAUAAUGAAUCGUCAGCUUUUUGAAGUGUUGAUGGAAAACAACUCUUUUCUACGUUCUGUAGAAAUGAAAAUGAACGGACGCUGUGAUUAGCAGAUUCGUUCCUGAGUCGAUUCACUCCGGUGUGCGAUGGAGACAACAUGACGACUUUUCUUUUGUGGUUUGUUUCUAUUUUUCGGUGUCGUUUUUGCGUUAGAAUCCAUCUUUUUGUUUUUGUGGCGAGUGUCCGCUCUGCUCCAUCUCCUCCAUCCCUCCAUCCAUCCCUCGUUCCUCUGCUUGUGUCACUCCUCCGAUCCGGAGAGAAGGUUCACUCGGCGCCUGACGCUUGCGCUCUAAACCAGCGCCGCUGACACUCUGAAACACAAGCAGGUCCAGAUCCUCCUGUGAGGCAACAACAGGGACGGGUUUGGAUUUGGAGACGAAACUUAAAAAACGAUUCAAACUAAGAAAAUGUCAAAGUGAACAUAGAAGAAGUUUGAAAGAUCAACUCGUGAAAUGAAGUCAAACAUUUUCCAUUGAAUCAUGAGAACCCUGAAGCACUGGUGCAAACACUGAUGGACGCUGACGCAAAAUGAUCGAGCUAAUUUAUUUGAGUGACAGAUUGGGCUUAACUGGGAAGGUGGGUUUCUGCACUGUAUUUCUGUUUUACCACUAGGGGGCGUCUCGGGCUCUGCAGCGUUUGAAUGUCGGUCGACUGUGAAGCUUCUGGAGUCGUUGACCUCAGUUUGGAUUGAAACUCGUGAUUCGAGCGGGAACAAGCUGCUGAGGUCGGACGUUCACGAGCUUCUACUUUUAUUUGCUUUUAAACGUGCAGGAGAAUAAACGAUGAUUUGCUGUAGA